UGCAUUGUCUAGAAGGGAUGACGCGCGACUCGUACCUGCGAGACAUGCGUGCGUCUCGCGCCAGCCGGGGACGCGGCCUUGGGCGGACGGAUGAUGGGGAUGCGGGUGCCAUGGUAACAGGACGACUGGAUCCGGACCUUUUUAUGCAGAUGCAUUUAUCUAGCGCUGAUUCCAGCGCGCCUGUGUGGACGCGCAGGCUGUCGGAGUGAGAGAAGUGUGCUUAGCGGCUCCGCGAAGGACCUUCAGACGCUCAACAAGUAGUUUUUAUCAAUAAUUGUGGCGGAGACUCUUGAUUCUGUGGAGUUGCGAGGACAAAGCAGCUUUCCCCCCUUUUUUUCCAGCGUGAUCCAUGCUUUUAUCUGUUCUCGGAAAAAAAGGACGCCGCCUGUUUUCUGGACACGAUGUCAUUGAAAGUCGGGUGAAGUGCUGGCGGGAACUGAAGCGGCUUCUACAAGCCUGAAAUAACGCGAACCCCAGACCAAGUUGAACAAUCUCCGCUCCUUCUGCGCUUCGGUCACGGGUGGCCCCCUUUUUUUCCCCAGCGCGCCUUCCAUCAUCAUUUCUCCUCAGAGAUAAUGACAAUGACUUCGUGUCGUGUACUCCGUGAAAGCGUGCGCUUUUUCGGGGGGCUGAUUUGACUUCUGUGCGCCUCCCCCCCCUGACCGCCCCUUAUUUUCCGUGUGCGUGUUGGUGGACGCGGUGUCAGGAUGGAUCGGUGCGCGUCGGACCGUGAGCGCCUAUAUUGGUCGAUACUUUAUGUGCAAUAAUGGUCCCUUUGCUGUGACUGAAGGUGUGCGUGUCCUUGUCAUUUAUCCUCGGAUGGAUGUUCCGACCCCAACAUCCCUUACGUAAUGACAUGUGUGUUGGAGGGGAGAGAAAAAAAAAGGCUAAAUUGGAUGAGCAGUCUGGAGAUAUAGGCGACACCGACGGCCAAUGAGCGACCUGGGUUCUUAUCUACAGCGGCUCGGGAAGCCGGUGCCAAUAUGACCGGCGCUGGAGCGUUGAGGGCGGCUGUGGAGAGGAGAGGGAGGGCCGCGGGCGGAGAGCAACCUUUCAAGGACAAGGAAGGAGGAAUGAUGGAGAAACAUCUGUGAGGACAAACGAGACAACUGAAGUGGGGAGGGUGAGAAUGAAGCUGCUGCCGUGACAGUGGGCAGAGGGAAGAAUUCAUUCAUCCGCGUGGGGCCAUUUCAAAGGGCACAGAGGUAAGGAUGGCCACAAUACCGGAGAGUGGGCGGGAGUGUGAGGUGACAGCUCCAGGAGAAUGAUCGCGGGCAGAGACUACUCUUUUCCCAUCGCCUUUCGUUUUAGAAAACUGACAGAGACACCUUCUACCUAUGUAGAAUCAUCUAGACAGGGGAUCACAGCCUACAGGUUUUAGUACCCCCCCCUCCCCCUUUCCCCUGAGUGGGGAUGGAUGGAGUGGCAGGAAGUGUGGGCACCCCUGGUAGCACUGGGGGAUCUGGGGCUGACACCCUGCCCAGGCGAAGUGAUGGAGAAGCAAAGCGGCGCAGUAAAGGAAGCCUGCCCUCCCCGGGCUACCGGCUGUCCCAGGCCUCGUUGGAGGGAGAAAGGGGAUCCUUCUGCGCAGACAGCUCUACCAUGGGUGGACGCGGCCGCCGCCCCUCCAUCAUGAGCUCUUCCCCCAGGGAUAGCCUUUCCUUUCGUGCAGCGGGCACCCCGACCACCCCAGGGACCCUACCCAUGGCACCAGCAGCAGCAGCAUCCUCCUCCAGCUCUACACAUCCUGCUCCACGCUCGGUGGGCUUCGCAACAUCCCGUGCCACCCUAGCCUCCACUUCCUCCACCGGGACCGGCGUCAUGGUGGUGGCCACUGGUGCGGAGACGACCACCACGGCCUGCAACACCACUGCGGCGGGGACCCCGGACAUGGCGUGCCAGUCCGGGCUCGGCGGGUUCGGCAUGGGCCUCGACGGCGAGGACUACAGCAACUCUAACCAGAGCACCUUCAUCCAAAGACAGUUCGGUGCCAUGCUUCAGCCAGGAGUCAACAAGUUCAGUCUCCGUAUGUUCGGGUCCCACAAAGCUGUUGCCCUGGAGCAAGAGAGACUCAAAUCGGCAGGAGCCUGGAUCAUACACCCCUACAGUGACUUCAGGUUUUACUGGGACCUGUUGAUGCUACUGUUGAUGAUGGGUAACCUAAUCAUCCUGCCCGUGGGCAUCACGUUCUUUCGGGACGAGAACACGGCUUCAUGGAUCAUCUUUAACGUGGUCUCCGACACUCUCUUCAUGGUUGAUCUGGUUCUAAACUUCAGGACCGGCAUCAUGAAGGAGGACAGCACAGAGAUACUGCUUGACCCAAGGGCAAUCCGGCAGAAAUAUCUGAAGACCUGGUUCCUGGUGGACUUUCUGUCAUCCAUCCCUGUGGACUACAUCUUCCUGAUGGUGGACAGUCUGGACUCGGAAGUCUACAGGACGGCUCGGGCGCUGCGUAUAGUCCGCUUCACCAAAAUCCUCAGCCUGCUCCGGCUGCUGCGCCUUUCCAGGCUCAUCCGCUACAUCCACCAGUGGGAGGAGAUCUUUCACAUGACCUAUGAUCUUGCCAGCGCCAUGGUAAGGAUUGUAAACCUGAUUGGUAUGAUGCUGCUUUUGUGCCACUGGGACGGCUGUCUCCAGUUCCUGGUCCCCAUGCUACAGGACUUCCCUUCUGACUGCUGGGUUUCCAAGAACCUGAUGGUGAACGACACAUGGGGUGUGCAAUACUCCUACGCUCUGUUCAAAGCCAUGAGCCACAUGUUGUGUAUCGGGUAUGGCGCCCAGGCUCCUGAGGGGAUGACUGAUGUGUGGCUCACCAUGCUCAGUAUGAUCGUCGGUGCCACCUGCUACGCCAUGUUUAUCGGCCACGCCACCGCCCUCAUACAGUCGCUGGACUCGUCACGGCGACAGUAUCAGGAGAAGUACAAGCAAGUGGAGCAGUACAUGUCCUUCCACAAGCUUCCUGCCGAUCUGCGACAAAAGAUCCACGAGUAUUACGAGCAUCGCUUCCAGGGUAAAAUGUUCGAUGAGGAGAACAUUCUGGGAGAGCUCAGUGAGCCACUGAAAGAGGACAUAGUCAGCUUCAAUUGCCGGAGCCUGGUGGCAAACAUGCCGCUGUUUGCCAACGCUGAUCCCAACUUUGUGACAGCUGUGUUGACCAAGCUCCGGUUCGAGGUGUUCCAGCCAUCAGACUUCAUCAUACGUGAAGGAACGAUGGGGCGUAAGAUGUACUUCAUCCAGCACGGACGAGUCAGUGUGCUGACCAGAGGCAACAAGGAAACCAAACUCAGUGAUGGGUCCUACUUUGGGGAGAUCUGCUUGCUUACUCGUGGACGAAGAACAGCCAGCGUCCGCGCAGACACAUAUUGCCGUUUGUACUCUCUCAGUGUGGACAGCUUUAACGAGGUUCUGGAAGAACACCCGAUGAUGCGGCGAGCCUUUGAAACUGUCGCUGUUGACCGUUUGGACCGUAUUGGCAGGAAGAACUCCAUGCUCCUGCGAAAGUCAUCCCAAGGCGGUUCUAUUGGGGGCAGUAUUGGACGUGGUGGAGGCCGGGGUGGAGGUGCUCCCGGAGCUGGCCUUGCAGCGAGUGGUCUGGGCUCCUGUGACAGCAUACUGGUGCAACAGAUUGUGAAGCAUGACAGCAUGCCAGCCAUGCAGGACACCAUCGCGGCAGCUGCAGCAGAAAGAAGCGGAAUGAUCGGAGGGAAUGGCACGGUGUCCCCUCGUCCCCGCCCCGUCAUCUGGGCACCACUGGUCCAUGCUCCCCUGCAGACGGCAGCUGCGACCAGCAAUGUAGCCAUCGCUCUUAUGCAGCAGCAGCAACAGCAGCAGCUCCAGCAGCUGCAGCAGCACGCUCUCGGAGGGGGUUUCUUUCUGCCCUCUCCGAUGAUUUCUCCUUCUCCAUCGUCCACCUUUCCUCUUUCUCAACCCCGUGCUCCUGUGCUGCAGCCCCUUCGCCCUUCUGUCAGCUCUCUUAUUGGGAUGAUGACAAUGGGAGGAAUGAGUGGUUUGUCCCCAAGAGGAUUUCCACUCUCACCCUCAACUAUGGGACCCCCCGGUGGGGUAACAUCUCCUCCAGUUGCUAAAACACCACCCGCUUCUUCUGUACCAACUUCUGUCCAGCAAGGGCGGACUGUUAUCUAUGGCCCCCGUUUUCAGGCAGAUCACCCCUCAAUGACAGCGGGGUCACUUGUGACACCAGGCCCAGGUUCACCACUGCACAAGGUACCACCCACCAACCCACCUGCCCCUUUCAGUGGCCCAUCAGAUGGAAUCAGCUGUCAACAGGGAGCCAAAGAGGCUCUUCUACGUCAUGGGGUAAACAGCUAUCAGGGUCUGCCAGCAUUGGGGAGACUAACCCAGGAGGCCAGAUUACUGUCAGCCUCACAACCCACUCUUCCUCACCGCUCCUGGGCCGCUGUCCAGCCUCAUCCUCCUCUCCAUCGGAAGGCCUCUGGUGGGAAUUUGUUGGCGACACCUUUCCUGGCAGGACAGUUGGCAAGAGGUGGCAGUGCAGGCAUGCUGACCAAUAAUCCUCCACUACAGCUGGUGACAAACAUACCAUUGACUGCAAAAGUACAGGCCACAGCUCCUAUUCAGCCAGCCAUGCCACAGGCAAUCCCUGCAAACAAUGCCUCCGUACCCACACCCAUAGCUGCACACAUCCCCUCUACACCUUUAUUGCCAUCUUCUUCCCCUCCAAAGCAGACCUCCCUCUCCUCCGCCACCCCGUCACCUGCACCUUCAUCUCCUAUGCCUAUACUUACCCAGACACCUCGUCCAAAGCCCAUCCCUUCGACAUUGUCCUGCUGCUCCUCCCCACCCUCAGCAAGUCCAUUCUCCACACCCCGUCCCAAACCGGUUCCUACACCUUCCCCCCGCUCCUCCUCUCCCUCUCCGUCCUCCACACCUCCUUCAUCGGCUGUCUCUACGCCGGUUCCUCUGUCUCAACCUUACGGGCCCAGAUCUUCACUUACAUCCUCAUCUCCCCCAUCCUCUGUGCUCUCCUCUUCUCCACCACAUCCCCAGAGCCCCAGAGGCAAAGCCUCCAACACACCCCCUUCUGCCUCUCCGCUGUCUGGCCAUAGCCCUACCCUCACGCCAACUGUGUCACCAAUACCAACUCCCACUCAGACAACCCGCACCCGACCCUCUACUCCUACCAAAACAUUAACUCCUACAUCUUCCCCAUCGUCUUCUGGACCCUCCUUUAGUAAAUCUCAGAGCACCGCACCUUGCCUGCAACCCUCUGUCUCUGGCUCACCCAGGGGUUCUGCCUCAACCAAGACCCCAAAACAGGCCUCCCCUAACCCCGUCCAAUCUUCAACACCAACCUUAACACCUCCAACAAAAGUCACUUUCUCGGUUCAUCCUGUAAAGCAAACAUCUCCUAUCCUUUCUCGCAGUCCCACGUCAAGCUCGAGCCACACCACCCCUUCAACAGCAUCAUCCUCAGCAACCCCAUGUUCUGUCCAGAGCUCCUCAAAUACUUCUACCACGUCAUCUACCACCACAACAUCUCAUCAAGAAACUUCCACCACUGCAGCCAGCCAGACAGCGCACAUACCCACCUCUGCCAACUCCACCUCGCCAAAAGGGGGGAAGAAGGACCCCCAGCUGGCAGUCACCAGAACAGACUCGGAGGGACUAAGGCACAAACUACCCUCGAACAUGUGAGAGGAGGAAAAAUAUUUCAUGUGACUUUUUAUGCUGCAGCCAGUGCUAAACAGCAGAGUCAUGGAUGUACAGACUUGAGUCAACCAUGCCACCAGGUAGCCCAUGAUCUCACAUGGAUAGACCUUACAUGUUGAAUUUACUCUAGGAUGUUGUCUUAGAAUAUCAGGUCUUCACGUCGCGCUCAGCCAAGCCAUCGACUGAGGAGAAAGACUUCAAGGAAACGUCGAGUUGGUCUUACUUGCUAAGAAGAGAGUCUACUGAACAUUCAAAUGUAUACCAUGCGUAUCUGUGUUUGUGAUUGUUGGAGCAAGCAGGUGAGCUGAAGUGGAUAUAUGCUGCACUAUAUUUACACAAAGUGGUUGGGAGUAGGCAUGGGCAGGUUACCAGUAUCAAAGUCCCCCGAGGUUUUAAUCAUGCAGUUUUUAUAGGUUGAAGUUCUUCUAAUGAGAGACAACAGAAACAGCAGGAGAUUUACUCUAUGGUAACAAAGGGUAUCACAGUGAUGCCCCUCCCCCACAUGUUGCUACUCACCACUGAUCAGCUGGCUGAAAGGAGUCUCGUACACUUUUUUUUAUCAAUUUAGACAAAAGUCCAGCUAUUUGGAAAAAGUCUUGUUAUUCAUGACAUGGAAAUUAAAGAAGCAACACCUUGAAGUAACUGUUUUAUAACAGCAAGUUUAUGUGCUAAAAGCCAACCAGAUUGUCCAAUUAUUUAAUCAUUAAUGUAUCAUACAAACAGUCAGGACCAUCAUUAUUCAUACCCCUGGCAGAUUUAGAUGUGAGGCUAUGUCUUGAUUUUAUCAACAUGUUUAUUCUGACUGGGGUAGUGUUAAAGUUUUGUAGCUACCCAGGCAGAAUCCUUGGUAGUUAAAGAUUAUGGGUGUUGGCAAAGAGGCUUUCCAACCUUAAAAGACUUUGAGCUCAUUGCAAGCGUUGAAUCAAUUUUACCACUGGAAACAUAAAAAGUUGAUCAGCAAUCACAAGAAGUGUUUGAUAGCUGGAAAUCCAAUAAAGGCUGCUUCAUUCAUUUUUUUUAGAAGGGUAUAAAUUAUUUCCAAUAUGGCGUUUUUGUUAAAAUGUAAAUAAAAGCAGAAAUUGAUAUUUUUCAAUGAUGAUACCCCUUGUAAGUUGUCUUUUAAUCUUUUGGAAGAUGCUUGUCAAGUUUCCUAUCAAAAACAAACUUCUUGGUUGAAGGAAAGUAACCUUAAAUCUAAAUCUGCUAGGGGAAUAUAAUUUUGAGGUUAACUGUGUGUUUAUGGAGAAAAAUGGCUAGAAUAUAUAAUAUUCCGUUCAUUUAGGUUUACUUCACAAGUACCAAUAAUGUAAUGUUUUUAAAUAUCUUUACUUGUGUUCUUCAAAAAUAAAUAUACCACCAUAUAAAUGCUAUACACAAUAUCUUAUAUUAUUUUAACAAAAGUAGGAAUAAACAAAUGCUUUUCAGAUUUAAAUAAAAGCAAUUAGGCAAUUUUGCUUAAACUUUUUGUAUCAAUACUAUUCUACAACAAAAACAUGCUAUUUUUACUUUGUUAUAGUACUAUGAGAAUCUCAUACCAGCCCAUGCCUAGUCGGGAGGGUUAAAAUCAAGAAUAAUAGCAAUAUUAGUUGAUAGUUCAACUCACUGAUAACAAGAAGUUACCUUGGCAAGGAUUGUAAACGUGAGAACAUAAUCAUCGUAUUGAUGUUGGGAUGAAAGGUCACUGUGAUGUCGAAAUGCAGGCAAUAGAGCAGACACUUCCUGGUUUCCAGCUCCAACUCCCUCUUGCUUCCCAUUCUUCACCAAAGUGUAAGAUUUUCAUAUCAGAAUAAAAAAAAAACAAUUACAAUAAAACACGCUGUAAAGUUGAUACUCAUAUGAAUUUGAAUAAUUAGGAGCAGUACCUUGGUAGUUUUGUUGUCCCUGGUGUGUGUGUGGUGUUUAGUUUUUGAACAAUACAAGAUCCUGAGCUCUACAUGUUCACUCUGACAGCUUCUGUAAAACUGUGCUUUUUCUAUGUGCGUGACAUACAACGCUGCUCUGCUGUGCACCGUGGCUCACAUGAUUUCGUUUCACCCAGCUUCCAGUCGUGUAGCUUCCUCACCUGUCGGCCUCCUUGUCUUUCAUCUUCUGUCUGUCUAGCUGCCUUUCAUCCGAUUUUACAGCUCUGGUUGCUAACCGCUCCUUUGACGCUUGCAGACUCCCUCUCGGUUUUUCCUCUCAGUUUGCCUAACACUUUGCUAGCUGCUGCCGCCGUCAUGUUCAGUUGACGGUGUCCUCCUUAUGUUGCCAUGUGAGACUGUUUCAGCGCCAUUUCCAGUGAUGUUUGAUGUUUUCUGUGGGUAGCAACAAGAAAUUUCGAUCUUGACCCUUAAUACCAUGUUGCCUAGACUAUACAUGUAUAUAAAUAUUUAAGGACCAAAUGUUUUAUUUUUAUUUAUCACAGCUUUAGCGUUUGAAAAGAAAAAGUAGCAAAUGAGGCGGUCAAAAUGAAAAUGUUGCGUGUGGCACUAAGGAUGGUGGCAAUGUGUGGAGAGAUGAUGAUGACCAUGUUGAGGAGAAGUUGAUGCUGAUGUACAUCUGGAUGUAAGAAUAAAAUGGAUUUAGUAUCA